CAUCUGGUGUUUCGCGCCAGAUUCAACUCUACGUGAAAAUGGCGCCAGGUUCGGACACAGAAAAUAACAACGAUGGUGAUCAAGAAUCGCUUGCUCGUGGACGGUCAAAACGUCAAAAAAUAGACAAGAAGGGAAAGUUUGCAGCCUUGCAGAGAUUGCGCGAAGCCAAAGCUGCCGGUGUGAAAAACAAAUAUGAGGAAAAAGAAGAUCAGCAAGUCUACGAUAUUGUUGACGAAGAUGAAUAUUCCAAAAUUGUACAGGAGCGACAGGAGGAUGACUGGAUCGUUGACGAUGACGGAUCAGGGUAUGUGGAAGAUGGCCGUGAGAUAUUUGAUGAUGAAUUGGAUGACUCUGCCCCUGCUGCCAGUAAAAAGAAAGGAGACAAGAAGAAGACCAAGAACCCAAAUAUUGUGAGGCCAGGCACCAAACCCAAGGCCAAUAUCAAGUCUAUGUUCAUGGCACAGGCCGCUACGGGGGGCAGCAAGAAGAAAGUGGAGAAGGACGUGAGCCUAGCCGGAGAUGAAUUACUCGGUGAUCUAAUGGAAGAACUUCACAACGGGCCUUCUGAUUCCAUCAUUCCUGUCCCCAUUAAGCUGAAGAAAAGGGGCCAUGCUUCUAAUAAGUCACCUUACAACCCCUUCAGUACAUCUGUCAAACCUGCGGUACGUAACAAACCAGCCCCACCAGCUCCCGCUCCUCUACGUAUUAAACAGGAGAUCAAGCAGGAACCAGGCGUUGUUCUGUCUGUCAAGCCAGUAAAGAAGAGGCGCCCCCUCCCAUGUCCUAACAUUCCUGACCCCCAGGAUGACUUCAAGGAAGAUUUUGAUGAAGUGGACAGCAUGGAUGUAGAUACAGUGCAGAACAUCAAUGACGACUCGGGAUUGGUGGAGUUAGAUGACAUUGAUUUUGAUGAGGAGGUGGAUGAGAAAUCCACUAAGGUCAAAGCGAAAGAGGAACCGGUUACCAUGACUUUAGUCAAACCAAAAGUAGAACCUAAAUCGGAACCUGUUGUAGUCAUACCUUUUGAGACCUUCUCUACAAGCUGGGGUUCAUACUCUGACAGCCAAUCAGAACCCAUCGUCUCACAGACAGAUGUCCAGGUGGACACCUCAAAGUUACCCUUGGUUACCAAUGAAGCUGGAGAGCAAGUGUUACGCUUUUACUGGUUGGAUGCUUACGAAGACCCUUACAAUAACCCAGGAACCGUUUACUUAUUCGGAAAAGUUUGGAUUGAUUCGGCGAAAACACAUGUCAGCUGUUGUGUGACUGUCAAAAACAUAGAAAGAAGAUUGUACCUUCUUCCUAGAAAAACGAAAUUUUGUCAGAAGACAGGAGAGGACACAGGGUUUGAGGUUGGAUUGGUAGAUGUCUACACAGAAUUCAAUGAGAAGAUCGUCGAGAAACACAAAAUCAAGAAAUUCAAAUCCAAGAAAGCUACGAAGCAGUAUGCCUUUGAAAAGGAAGAGGUCCCAGUAGAGUCAGACUAUCUGGAAGUCAGAUAUGCAGCUGACAAUCCAGUUCUGCCGUCGGAUCUGAAGGGCGAAACAUUUUCUCACGUAUUUGGUACUAAGACCUCUUGCUUGGAAAUCUUCCUGUUGGAUGCAAAGAUGAAAGGUCCUUCAUGGCUUGAUCUCAAAUGUCCUCAAAUUUCAAAUCUGCCAAUCAGUUGGUGCAAGCUUGAGGUGAUGUUAACUCGCCCAGACUAUGUCAGCGUCAUGACAGAUUCAUCCCUGAACCUGUCUCCACCUCCUCUUGUUGUCAUGACGAUGAACCUGCGUACCCUCCCUAAUCCAAAAUCACACCAGAAUGAGGUUUCUCUCGGCAAGCCAAAUGACUGUAUUUUUCCAUACGACCUCAAGGACAAGGUUCAAAAGGAGAGCUGCAAUAUGAAAAUGGAAACUUUCCAAAAUGAGAGAGCUCUCUUAGGCUUCAUGUUAGCCAAAAUUCACAAGAUUGACCCAGAUGUUGUUGUGGGCCAUGAUAUCUAUGGGUUUGACCUGGAUGUGUUGCUCCACAGAAUCAGCGCCAACAAGAUUCCUCACUGGUCCAAACUAGGGCGUCUCAAGAGAACAAAAAUGCCCAAACUCUCGGGUCAUGCAGGAGUGCGUGCCGGGUUCACAGAUAAGUACAUCACCUGCGGUCGCCUGCUGUGUGACGUCAAGAUCUCUUCCCGCGAGCUCAUCCGCAGUCGAAGCUACGACCUCACCGAGCUCGCUAAUGUUAUACUCAAACAGAAACGCUUCGAGCUUGACUAUGAACAAGUCAGAAACAUGUACCAGUCUGCGAAACAGUUACUGCAGCUGGUUGAAAUGACGCUAGUGGACUCCACACUAAUUCUGCGUAUAAUGUACGAACUGAACGUCCUGCCUCUGGCCUUACAAAUCACAAACAUCUGUGGCAAUGUGAUGACAAGGACUUUGAUGGGCGGACGAUCGGAGAGAAACGAGUAUCUACUGCUACAUGCUUUCACAGAAAAAAACUUCAUUGUUCCUGAUAAAGAAUACAAGAAAAAGGCUACUUCUGUAUCUGCGGAGGAUGAAGAUGGUGACGUGAAGGCUCCGACAAAAGGAAGACGAAAACCUGCCUAUGCUGGAGGUUUGGUGCUGGAACCCAAGCGAGGUUUCUAUGAUAAGUAUAUCCUGCUACUGGACUUCAACAGUUUGUACCCAUCCAUCAUUCAGGAGUUUAACAUCUGUUUCACAACCGUGAAACGCACAGAAGGGGAAAAACAGAAAACUAAAGGAGAGGAGGAUAUGUUUUCAGAGUUACCAGAACCAGAUCUAGAACCUGGUAUCCUGCCAACAGAAAUUCGCAAGUUAGUGGAGAGCAGACGACAGGUGAAACAGAUGAUGAAAGGCGACAUUUCUCACGAGCAAUACACACAGUAUGAUAUCCGUCAGAAGGCUCUCAAGUUAACAGCCAACAGUAUGUAUGGAUGUCUGGGCUUCACAUUCUCACGGUUCUACGCCAAACCUCUGGCCGCUCUCAUCACAGGCAAAGGACGAGAGAUUCUAAUGAAAACCAAAGAUUUAGUACAAGGGAUGAACCUUGAUGUGAUCUAUGGAGACACUGACUCCAUCAUGGUCAACACCAAUUGUACAGACCUGGACGUCGUCUAUAAGCUCGGAAACAAGGUGAAGGGUGAGGUAAACAAGCUGUACCGCCUACUAGAGAUUGACAUCGACGGUGUUUUCCAGUCCAUGCUUCUCCUCAAAAAGAAAAAAUAUGCAGCACUCAACGUCACAAAGGGCGCAGAUGGUAAAUACACGACACAGCGAGAACUGAAGGGGCUGGAUAUCGUGAGACGUGACUGGUCGGAUCUAGCCAAGGAGGCAGGAAAUUUCGUCGUUGACCAGAUCCUUUCGGGCGAAUCCAAGGAAACAGUUGUGGAGAAUAUUCACAACAAAUUGAUGGAAGUUGGAGAAAAGGUCAAUGACAAUCAGGUUCCGGUGGAACUCUUCUUCAUCACCAAGGCACUAACAAAAAACCCAGAGGAUUACCCUGACAAGAAAAGUCUACCUCAUGUACAAGUAGCAUUGCGAUUCAACAGUAAGGGAGGCAAGAAAAUGAGGGCGGGAGACACUGUGCCUUAUAUCAUCUGUCAGGAUGGCUCCACUUUAGCAGCUUCACAGCGGGCGUAUCAUCCUGAUGAACUGGCUAAAAGUGAAACACUCACAGUUGACUUCAAGUAUUACCUGGCUCACCAAGUCCAUCCUGUUGUGUCUCGUCUCUGUGAUCCUAUAGAGGGCACAGAUGCAGCUCAUCUGGCCGAAUGUCUAGGACUAGAACCAGCGGGAUACAGGCAAACCAGCCGGACUCAGGACGAGGAGGAGGAGGACGCCUUGUUAGGGGGUACAGAUAUGUCGGAUGAGGAAAAAUUCAAAGAUUGCGACCGCUUCAAGUUUAAAUGUCCGAGUGCUAGCUGUGGAAGAGAAAUUAUCUUUGACAGCGUAUUUACUGGAGCGGAACAGGAAAUUGAUUGUUCCCUGGCCAGGUGUACAAACCCGCAGUGUCGGAGUCAGCCUAACGAGAGCUUGCAACAGAUAGCCAACCAAAUGGUCAUGACAAUACGCAAACAUAUCCGAAAAUAUUAUGAGGGUUGGUUGAAAUGUGACGACACUACCUGUGGUCAUGUGACCCGUCGACUGCCACUGAUCUUCCAGAGAAGUCACCCGAUCUGUCCUGCCUGCCAUAAAGGACACUUGAAUGCCUGUUACACAGAUGCGAUGCUAUAUCACCAAAUGUGUUUCUACCAACAUGUGUUUGACAUUGACAAGGCCAGGAACCAACUGUCGGAGAGGGAGAGAGAAAUUGCCAACAUAAAGUCUAAGGAAUUUGUUGCGAGUUAUAACAAGCUGAAAGAUGUGUCAUCACGAUGGUUGAAACAGAACUCCUAUUCGGAUGUGAAUCUUGACUCGCUAUUUGAAGGACUGUAUGUACAAAAGAAAACUACUCCCAGUUAAUGGGGUAUUACUUUGAU